CUUCGGCCGGCCUCAGGACUAAGCAAGCGCAGCUGUCGCCGAGGUCAGGACUUGAGGUGCCUUAAUGUUGAGACGCCUUGAGGACCCUCCAUCGCCGGGGACCGAGGCUGGAGGACCUGUCCGUUCGGCUGUACCUUGCGGGAGCGGGACUGCGGCUCACGUAAAGCUGUUCUUCCCCUCCGAGUUGGAGUCCACGAAAGUCCCCGCACUCCCUUCAUCUUCCGUCCAACUAGCCUUCCCAAUGUAGAGGCAUCCUGACUCAUAGGCAGAGCCCGAGUAGCAAAUUCAGGAACUUUGAAUGAAUCCUAUAGAAAGGUCUGUUUCUGUGACGUUUCUGGGCAACGACCUAAAACCACAAAUUCUUGCCACAAACUGGAAAAAUAAACUCAGAAAGCAAGAUUGUAAGGUAGGGCUUUGAAAGGCGUGAUCCGAUGACUGCAGACUUAAAACAAUCGGGUCUGAGAAAACUAGGUUCCGCGACCACCAGCACUGAGCAUACUUGCUGUCCUGAUUUCAUGUACUGAUUUUUACUGUCCCAUUGUCUAUACUUUAUGCAGUCGCUAUUGAAAUUGGAUGUACUCCAGAAUUCUCAAGUUUCCCACAGUCAGAUCACUCGCCUCUACAGCCGAUUCACCAGUCUGGACAAAGGAGAAAACGGGACCCUCAGCCGGGAAGACUUCCAGAGAAUUCCAGAGCUUGCCAUCAACCCACUGGGGGACCGGAUCAUCAAUGCUUUCUUUCCAGAGGGAGAGGACCAGGUAAAUUUCCGUGGAUUCAUGAGAACUUUGGCUCAUUUCCGACCCAUUGAGGAUAAUGAAAAGAGCAAAGAUGUGAAUGGACCAGAACCGCUCAACAGCAGAAGCAACAAACUGCACUUUGCUUUUCGGCUGUACGAUCUGGAUAAAGAUGACAAGAUCUCCCGUGAUGAACUGUUACAGGUGCUACGCAUGAUGGUUGGUGUGAACAUCUCAGAUGAGCAGCUGGGCAGCAUUGCAGACAGGACCAUCCAGGAGGCUGACCAGGAUGGGGACAGUGCCAUAUCAUUCACAGAGUUUGUUAAGGUUUUGGAGAAGGUGGAUGUAGAACAGAAAAUGAGCAUCCGGUUUCUUCACUAAAGGACACAGACCAAACUAUUCCUUGGUGUCUAGUAUUUAAGAACUGGAACUUUAAGAGUCCUCCUGUCUGCCCGCCCCAUCUCUCCCCUUCUCCCGAAGUACCACUGUGGUUGCAUGGUGACCCCAAACGUCUGCCCAUCCAGACCCUCCCUGUAUAUAAACUUGCCUUACAGAAGGGUACAUCCGGCCUCUUUCUGUUCAGUAGCUGUCCACCACCUCUUUAUUUCUUGGCACCAUCUUUCCUUCUUGUGCUGUGAAACGCCACCCAUCCAUCCAGUCUGAGAAGGGGAGAGGGAAUCAUGCCCAGAACGGGCCAGCAGAGCUUUCGCUGGGUGGAGAUGUAGCUGUGCUGCCUUCGCUGCAGCGAGGUUCCUCCUGUGCAUCCUUGGCUUUCCAUUUCCUUCUCACCCAACCUACCAUCCUGCUGAGCCUCACAGUGCCCCCCGUUCUACCUGACGCCCAAAGCUAUGCCUGUUAAAUCUGUUUCUGACUUGGCAGAAUGGUUCAGAGGUCUGGCCGUUUUUAUCUACCUUCCCUCUUAAAUGGGUCUCUGGGAUGCUGCCUUUCUAGGUAGGAGCCUUCCAGGAACCAACACUUCUCUUGGAGGAAUGUGACCCUCUCUUGUCUCUUGCACUGUUUGUCACCAAAGGGCUUCUAAGUGGAAAUGUCCUUGAAAGGUCACCUUGGUGGCUUGCCCGGGUUACUCUACCUCUGGCUUCUGAUUCUCAGCUUACACACCUACAUGGCUUCUCUUGUGAGUGCUAUGCUAACUGUUCAGAAAAUGGUCACAGUUCUGCAGGUCUGCUUAGCUUUGGGUCACUGUCCACACCAGAGUGACUGCAGAGCUGCUGGGAACGUUUCAUGGCUCUUUGAGCAAGGAAACUGGGAGCCCUUAGCACGUCCUGCACUCACACUGCAGCAUGGCAUAUGUCUUGGUGUGAUGACACUGGAAGAUCUCGCCCUUUUACAUUUCCAAGUAGAGCGACUAGUGUCACGGAAGUGCCUAACAUCCCAGUCCAAGAGAAUUAAAGAUUAGCCUCAGUGUCCUGAAGUUCUGCACAAAAUUCUUUGGUGGGGGGAUACUGGGAAUCAAACUCGGGACCUUGCGUUUGUGAAGCAGGCAUGGAGCUAAAUCCCUGGCCCACAAAAUUCUAUAGAAUCUUAUACUUGGCAGUUGUUAAUGUGGAAGCCAUAGUCAGCUCCUACUAUAGCCCAAAGCAUUGAAUGUAUUGUCGUCUUUGCUGCCUGGUUACAUGACCCUCCUAGCUCCUGUCUCGACUACUACUAAUCCCUUGGGGUCAAGGGGUCUGGCAAUGGUGGCAUUGAGGUCAUGAAGUGAGCCAGAGCAAUUUCUCUGCCAAAGCCAGCUCAGAUCCUGUUGAAUUGGGCCAUUGCCAUCUUCUGUCUUGUGAGUCCCUUUGUCCAUACAUCUGUCUUUUGCUGACUGUGACUGGCUGCUGCUUGCUUGUUCCCUUGCUGUCCCAGAUGUGCGAACCAUUCUUUAGGAGAUGAACUGCUAAAAAAUAACCAGUGCAAAGGGAUGAACAAAGGUGGGAAAUGGGAGUGGCCAGGCUGGAUGGUGUAAGUAUAAAUGCAAAGGAAUUCUUUAUGAGGUAUCACCCUAGCUCCGUGAGCAAAGUGAAGUGAUAACAGGAAUUAUACAAAGGGAAGAACUGUAUGCUAGUGACCUGUUAGGAGUUAGAAACUCUUCCUAAGAUUAUGGCUCCCCCCUCCCCACAUCUGUCUGUAUAGCAAACUGUUUUAAUCCACAGUUGUGCCUUACUGUCCCAUUAAAAUUGUAUUGUUUGAUCUGUCAAUAAAUACUUGGGGUUAAAACGA